CAAAGGUCACCACGAUACGGAAGUGUCAGCUCAGACCUACACCUACGUCUGAAAGACAAACUUACAACAUGCCGUUCCUAACGGAGAUCCUGGCGGCUGUUCGUCAGCACGUGGACACUUCUACCGUCCUGGUGGCGGCCUGUGCCUGUCUGCUGGCGUAUUGGUGCCUGCAGAGUCCCCGGAACCUCCCGCCUGGACCCCGGACCUGGCCCGUCCUGGGGAACAUCCCGCUGUUUAUGACGGCAAAGACGGACUUCCUUCCCAACACCAUUACCGACCUAGCCAGGCAGUACGGUGACGUCAUGACUUUCUGGAACGCCCGAGAUCUGAAUGUCGUCAUCAGCGGGUAUCAGCCAAUCAGGGACGUCCUGGUGAAGAGGGCGGCAGACUUCUCCAGUAGGAAGGCUCCUCCUGUACUGGUGGAUCUACGUGGGGAUGGGACGUCUGGAGAUACAACUAAAGGUAUACUGUUCGCCGACUACGGGCCGGACUGGAAGCAUCAGCGGAAAUUUACCAUGAAGACCCUCCGAGACUUCGGCGUGGGUAAGCGGAGCCUGGAGGGGAAGAUUUGCGACGAGGCCGCAGCGCUUAGUCGGGAACUUGUAGCAAAAGACGGUCAACCUUUCAACAUCAAACACAUGUUACAAAACGCUGCAUCUAACAUCAUCUGUUCCAUCGUCUUCGGGAAGCGGUUUGAAUAUGGCGACUCCGAGUUUUUGCGGCUCGGCCAUCUCAUAAGCGAGCUGGCGAACGCUACUCCUGGCAAGGACAUUCUCAUCAACAUCCACCCCGUGUUUCGACACCUUCCGUUCGGGUCUCCGGAACAUGAGAAGAUAGCGAGAAACUUUCCCAGACUUCAGGAGUUCUGUGGGGAACAGAUCGAGCAGCACAGGGUGACCUUUGACCCUAACAACAUCCGGGACUUCAUCGAUGCCUUCCUGUUGGAACAGCGGUGCACCAGAGGAGAGCAUGCGCAGUCCAGUUUCACGAAGGAACAGCUACAGGAGCUGGUACUGGACCUAUUCCUGGCCGGUACAGAGACCACCGCUACCACCAUGCACUGGGUCCUGCUCUACAUGCUGCUGUAUCCUGAUAUACAGGAAAAGGUUCACCGAGAAAUCGACGCCGUUCUCGGACAGGCUGUUCCUUCUUACGCCCUCCGGGAAAAGAUGCCCUACACAACAGCGACCCUAGCGGAAGUGCAGCGUAUUAACACCGUGUUACCUCUCAGCGUUCCCCAUUCUUUAACCAGAGAUACCGCUCUCAACGGUUACACCAUUCCAGCAGGUGCCAACAUCUUGGUGAACCUGUGGUCCGUGCACAUGGACCCCCAACUCUUCCCGGAACCAGACAAGUUCAACCCCGACAGGUUCCUGGAUCGGCACGGGAACUUCUUCAAGCACGAGGCGCUCAUCCCGUUUUCUGUCGGUCCUCGAGUGUGUCUAGGCGAACAGCUGGCCAAGAUGGAGGUUUUCCUGCUCUUCGUCUUCCUGAUGCAGCAUUUUACAUUCAGUUCGCCAGAGGGCGUCACUACCCUACCCACGCGCGGAACCAUGGCAGCCCUAGUGAACGCCCCUCGUCCUUACGACCUGUGCGCCGUUCCACGACAGUAGACUAAGGCAUUCAGUGUAAAGAGAUAGGGAAGAGCUAUUAUCCUGCCAAUAACAGAAUGAUUUUCA